CACGUCCUCAUGCGCGGCAGCGACGGCACCAGCAUGUGGGCAGACCUCUGCAAGAACGGGCAGGUCCUGUCCAGCGCCAUCGCGCAGGACGCCGACCAGAACUACGACUACGCGAGUAACAGCGUCAUCCUGCACCUCGACGCGGGGGACGAGGUGUUCAUCAAGCUGGAUGGGGGCAAAGUCCACGGCGGCAACAACAACGAGUACAGCACCUGCUCUGGCUUCAUCAUCUACUCGGACUGAGC